CAACAAACAAACGGCAACAUGGCGUUAGCAUUAAUGUCAUUCUUCAACAGCCAAACAAGAUGUUUUUAUUUUCUUAUGUUCUUUUUGACAUUACAGUUUCAACUAGGACAUUUUAAGACUACUCCUUUAUAUCAACCCGAGCAUGUACUAGAUGCAUCGGAGUCUCACUGUCUUGUUUUGUUACCACAAGAAGCUCUGACUACAUCUGGAAGAAAGAGUUUGUUGAAAAUGUUGUCUGAAAUUUCGUUUGUAAACGAAACUAAUGUUCUUGUAGGCGCUAUUCAACUUAGCACGUUUAUUUGGCCGAAUGGACAGCCGCUCAAAAUAAACGGGAAUCCCAGUAAAAGCAAGCUUGAAAAUACGUUGUUAGUGUUUCAACAAGUUAAAAAAGAUAGAACUUGUCUCCUUGUUCCACAAACGGACAUGUUACCCCCAAAAACUGUCUAUUUUCAACUACCAAAAAAUGAGAUUGAGAUUAAAUUGUCUGACCUUUUGCUUGACAACAUUGUAGCAUUUAUAAAUAGUCAUUGUCUUACCUUUCGAAAUAAAGAUGGCACACUAAAUAUGGCUGGUGUUCACAGACAAUAUAUAUUACAAAAUAUUUUCCAAACACAAAAGCUGAACGUUAACAGCUUUUCAAAUAAUAGCGAAAAAGAAAAUAUUUUUUUUAAAUACUGCCAAAAAGAGGAUUUAUUUGCCUGUGAUAAAUCAAUGGAACAAUUAGCUGAUGCGAAGCUAACAACCAAAGGCCAGACAGGCUUUCAGGAAUGUGAGAGAAUUCCUGUUCCAAAGUCAUCUCAAUUUUUCCAAGAAUUUGUGUCUCUUUCAAAGCCUGUAAUUAUCACAGGUGCAAUGGACCACUGGGAAGCAUCUAAAAAAUGGACAAAUAGUUUUCUGCGUGCGAAUUAUGGUGACCGGUAUGUUCAUAUUAAAAUAACAUCUGAUGGAAUCUAUGAAGGAGUGGAGCCCAUUUCUCUAUGGCAGAAUUCUCAAGGUAUAAAAAUUCCUAAAUCUGUGCUUGAGAAAUUACCCUACCCUGAUCUUGUUGUGGUUCGUCCUGCAAGUUUGGAGUUAAAAUUUUCAGAGUUUCUUGACCUAAUGGAGGAAAUCUCAGAAAAGAAAGUCCAUAACAUUUCCGCCUAUUUAGAAUACUCAACAAUUGCCGACUAUUUUCCAGAAUUGAGAGAAGACAUCACUGACAUGAGCUUCUUUUCAAAUAUAUUAGAGCUUAAGCAUCUCAACAUCUGGCUAAGUGAUGGAAAUACUCUAGGGAAAUUACAUUUUGACCCCUUUGAUAACUUUUUAUGUCAGGUAUCACUUUAUACACAAUUAAACUUCUAUGAUAAGUUUUGUGAUAUAAAAUUAAAAUAAAUAAUUCUAAACCAGCAAGUUUCUGAAAAACAUUGUAAAAAAUUAGUACAUGAAACAAUUUUUUAAAACUGUUAAAGAUAAAAUGCAUAUAGUAUUUCAAAGGGCGUAAUAAAGCUAUUUAUUUAUUAGCCUGAGUUAUAGAUAGCGAAAAUUGUUGAGUAAAUUCCCUUGAUAAAGAGAUUGUUAACGUGUUGUGGCCUGUUAGCUAGAAAGUGUUUACAGUCUUUAAGUUCUGUUUAUUGAAAGAUGGGGUUUAAAAAAAUUUUCUUGGAUUAAAGCUGGUGUCUACUUAAAAAGAAGGUUAGAAAGCUUAUCUGUCAUUUCAAAAUUUCAACAACUCUCUUUUAAAUCACUAAAAGUUUUUAGAAAGCAUGAUAUACUUAUAUAUUGGCAUUCACCUCAUUUCCUUUUCAAAUAUUCUAUAUUUAUUUAGUUAAUAUUGGUAUUUAAAAGGUAAACUUUGUUUACUCUGACAACAGAUAAGUGGUGAGAAACAGCUUCUGCUGUAUGAGCCCCACGAUAACUCAAGACUUUAUGAGGCUCACAUACAGGAGGCAAGAUUGACUUACAACAAGACAUCACACACAUUUCAUAGAAAGACGCUUUUAGAAAGCACAUCGAUGGUCAUGUCCCCUGUGGACAUUAUCAACCCAGAUUUAAAGGUGGGAUGCACUUCUUUUUUUAUCAUUAGUUCAGAAACGUUGUCCAAAGUUGACGUAAAGACAGAUGACAAAAUAACAAAAUGAAAUAAUGCUCCACCUGGCAGUUUUAAUGCAGUGCUGAUUUAUCAAUAAUUGACAGAGGUUCCCAAAGUUCUUGGAUGUCCAGCCACUGAACUGCACAAUUAAAGCCAGGGAAGUUUUGUUUAUGCCAGCGUUUUGGUGGCAUGAAGUCCAGUCAAAGCCAAACAGGACAGAGCACAGAAAUUUAGCAGUUAAUUUCUGGUAAGCUUAUUUGCAAAGAAGGGUAAAGCAAAAUUGAAAGAAAAGGUCAAUGGCAAGUAGAGACUGUAAUGAUUUUCUGAGAAAACUUAAAUAAUUACAUGGUCUACCAGUCAUACUCCUCAGAUACAAAAUAUAAAUGACUAAAAAAAAAUGAAUGAAUCGGGUUAGGUAGAUGGAAAUGUUGUUUGUUCACUGAAGAAGUUUUUUUGCAGACAUCUUUGUUGUUCUGUUAGGUACUCCUCUAUCUUGUUUCAAAUAUUUCCUAUUUUGUUCAAUGCUAGCUAAUAUUUAGAUGACAUUCAUCAAAACUUUAAACUUCAUUGCUAAGAUGAGCUAUUUUUAGCAUGCAUGUCACUGCAGUUUUCCUGUGGUCGCUUCAUGUUCCUCUGCAAAAAUAAACAUCAUUCCCUAUUUGUUUAUAUAAUUUCUAUGAAUCACAUUUGAAAAAUGAUCAAAGCAAAUCCCUGACGUGGAUCUAAACCAUUCUCACGUUUGAAAAUUUUUUUUUUUUAUUACCGUUUGUUCACAUUCAGGUAUGAGCCAUUCUUGAACAGAGAAUUCCCUUGUCCAGAAUGCCCUCUUGAUGUCAACCCAAAGUACUACCACCUGCUGUAAAUGCCUGAUGCGCAUGAGCAAAAGUCAACCCCAUUUUAAAAAAAGUCCCAAAUGAAAUCUUGACUCAACUUUGGGGUGAAGUAUCUUAAGUUAUACAACAACAUAUCUAAAGC